CUGGUUAUUGGUAGACCUCCUAAUUUAGUUGAAAACUAUGAAAGGUCUUAUUUAUAUAACAGCUAUUAUAUUGGCUUUCAAUUUCAUUGAAAACGAAGCUGGGAAAUUACGGACUGUGGGAGAUUUUAAGGCCUCUCACAUCACACAGUUCCCUUUUGAAGUUUCAAUACGUAAACGGUUUUGUGAUGCCUGUGCUUAUGAGCACUAUUGCAGUGGUACCAUUUACUCCAAUAAUGUCAUUAUCACUGCUGCUUCCUGUGUGAGAAAUGCUACGACGGUACAUAAUUUUCAAGUAAUCGCUGGUACCUCGAAACGUACUACAUCUGCUAAAGAUGGCCAGGUUUAUUUGGUGGAGAAAAUUACAGAACACAAACAAAAUUCUAUUGAUAUUGCCCUUUUGCAUUUAACUUUGGAUAUAAAAUUUAAUGGUGUCACGAUAGCCCCUGUUAAAUUGGCCACUGAAGUUCCUAGAGUUGGCAAAAAGGCUAUUGUAGCUGGUUGGGGUCAAUUAAAUGAAAAUGAGGUGAAUUUCGAAGAAGACAUUAAAGCUGUCCAGGUACCUAUAAUUGAUUUAAGCUUAUGCAAGGAGACAUAUUUCUGGACUGAUGUCAAGGACACUGAAAUCUGCGCUGGUUAUUUGAAUGGUGGUGUGGAUGCUUGUCAAGGUGAUGCCGGUGGUCCUUUGUUGGUUGACAAUGAAAUGGUGGGCAUUGUUUCGUGGGGUUAUGGUUGUGCCCGUCCCAAUAAUCCUGGAGUUUAUACAAAUGUUGUGGCUUUGAGAAAUUGGAUUCAACAAAAUGCUUAAAUUAUAAAAGUGUUAAUUAUUUGCUAAAAUAACUGUCUCAAAAUAUGUUUAUUGUUUAUUCGAUAUUAAUCAUAAUAUUUAUUUAAUAAACAUAAA